AUGUCACCAGUUGGAUUACCACCAGGUUUCAGGUUUCAUCCAACUGAUGAAGAACUUGUCAAUUAUUAUUUAAAGAGGAAAAUCAGUGGUCAAGAAAUUGAACUUGAUAUCAUUCCUGAAGUUGAUCUUUACAAAUGUGAACCUUGGGAGUUAGCAGAGAAAUCGUUUUUGCCAAGUAGAGAUCCAGAGUGGUAUUUUUUUGGACCAAGGGACAGAAAAUACCCUAAUGGAUUCAGAACAAAUCGAGCAACAAGAGCAGGUUACUGGAAAUCAACUGGAAAAGACAGAAGAGUUUCAUCCCAAAAUAGACCUAUUGGUAUGAAGAAGACUUUGGUUUACUAUAGAGGUAGAGCUCCUCAAGGAAUUAGAACUGAUUGGGUUAUGCAUGAGUAUCGUCUCGACGAUAAAGAGUGCGAGGACAACUCUGGAUUACAGGAUACUUAUGCACUGUGUCGCGUGUUCAAGAAAAAUGGAAUAUGUUCUGAUAUGGAAGAGCAACAAGCGCAAGCGCAAUGUAACAUGUCACUAAUAGAAUGCUCCCAAACCAUGAUCAAUGAGUGUGAAACGAUGUCUCCGGACAUACUUGGUGCAUCAUCUUCUUGCUUAGAAGAGGAAGACAAAGACGAUUCAUGGAUGCAGUUCAUUACAGAAGAUGCAUGGUAUUCUUCUAAUGCAGCAAUGGUUGGUGGUGAAGAAGUUUCACAUGUUACAUUUACAAAUUAA